AUGAAGAAGCUCGAAUGCAAAAGAGGCAAGCUCCUCGAGCUGGGGUUCAUUGACCCAGACACAGUUCAUGAAGUUACGGUUCAAGACUACGCCAAGGACACAGAGGAUAACAUGCUACGUUUUUUAGUGAAGCAAGCAAACAAAGAGGAUAUAUUCUUUCCCUACAACUUCAAAUUCCACUUUAUUCUCCUAAUCAUUGAUCUUCACAAAGGAGUCGUAAAUGUCAUGGACUCGAAACGUAAAGAACAUGCGGAAUGGGCGGACAUGGCUGCCAUCCUCCAGAGGGCUUGGAAACGGUUCAUCAAUACUGUUCCGGGUAAAUGGAAACCGGAGCUUACAUUUCAAGAUUACCCUGUAAGUAGUACUAUAUAUAUAGCUAUGUCCGUGAAACUCUAUAUAUGAUAUUUACUUUCAAUACGAUGCUUGAUUAUUAGUUUGAUCGAACUAUUUUUUCGUAAAGUGUAUGAGGCAGGA